AGCCAUCUCUAGCACUUGUUGCGAUAAAUUCAAUUCAAAACGUUUCGGUUGUUGAAUUUGUUUUUUUAUCCAAUAAAAUGGUGAAGAACAAUAAUAAAAAAGUUCGCCAUGCAUCCUCGGAAUGUGCUCCGCACUGCUCCGGAUUAUACCAAGUUGGCCAUCAAGCACAAGAGCUUUCGUCAAGUGUGUGAGCUAGAACUCAAUGGCAAAGUGUCGCUUAACUUUCGCAAUGAACGCACAUUGAGAGAGUUGACCAAAAUGCUGCUGCUGGAAUAUUUCGAGCUGCACGUGGAUUUCGCACCAGGCAGCUUGGUGCCCACUUUAGCACUGCGCCUCAACUACAUUUUGUGGUUGGAGGAUUUGCUGGCGCCUCUUCGGCUGGACACAGUGCAUGGCAUUGACAUAGGUUGUGGGUCCUCGUGCAUUUACUCGCUGCUGGCAGCCAAGAAGAAUCAAUGGAACAUGUUGGCACUCGAAUCGAAGCAAUCGAACAUUGAAUUUGCCCGCGAUAAUUUUAAGCGCAAUAAGCUGAACGCACUUGUGGAAGUUUAUGCUCAGCCCGACAAGCAAAGCAUAUUCAAGAGCUAUUUUGAAUCCGCCGCCGAAACAGCAAAGCGAGACUUUCACUUUUGCCUCUGUAAUCCACCGUUUUUCGACUCAAACGCAGAGAACCCCUUUGGUGGCAAUACGCGCAAUCCAGAGCGUCGUCCAGCGCCCAACAAUGUGCGCACUGGGCAUGCCGAGGAGUUGAGCUGUGCCGGUGGAGAAGUGCAGUUCGUGCAGCGCAUUAUCGAGGAGAGCGAGCUCUAUAAGAGUCGCGUGCUCAUUUUCACUAGCAUGUUGGGCGUCAAGGCGAAUGUGCCCAAGAUCUUGGACUUGCUGAAAGAGCAUCAGAUUAGCAAUGUGAGCACCACGGAGUUCCAUCAAGGACACACGACACGUUGGGCUGUUGCCUGGAGCUAUCAGAAUGUCACAUUAAAGUUGGAUGCCAUCUCUUAGCGUGACCUUAAAUGUGCCUGGAGUGAAGCUAAUGUGUACUUUAGUUUUAAGUAUUACGACUAGUUGGAAUAUUAAAUGUUAAAUUGAUUA